AUGGAUUCUAAUUCGGAACUACAUUAUGGCCGUUUGCGACGAUUCUUCUUCGGUAAUGAGCCAUGGAAAAUAGCCGAAAAAGAUUCAGAUAUCGAGAAACUUUUCCGGAAAUUUUUCUCCAAGUUACGAACUAAACUUCAAAAAAGGAAGGAAUGCGAACAGCAGUGGGAAGACGCCACCGCAUCAGCGAGUAGCAUCCUGGAUAUUCCAAAUAGUUCCAAGUUCGUGCGUCAUCAUACCGCCCGUUUAGCUGUAGACAUUCGGGAAAAAGAUAAUCUUGAACUAAAAGAAGUAAAUUGUUUGUAUAUUGUUCCGGAACAUACCUUAUCCGAAUAUACCUUUGCUCUUUCAUCGUUUAUUGCUUAUGAGAAUCGAAUGAAAUUCAAUCAGUUACGGCGAUUGCGUGUCUCCCAGAAAAACUUACCUAUUUGGGCAAAACGUGACGAAAUUUUGGAAGUCUUUCAAAAUGUAAAAGUUCUUCUUAUCGCUGGUGAUACGGGUUGCGGCAAAAGUACUCAGGUUCCACAAUAUCUUUUGGAUGCAGAUUAUGACCGUAUCGUUUGUACGCAGCCACGUCGCAUUGCAGCAAUAGCUCUUGCUCGACGAGUUGCUUAUGAAACUUUAAAUGAAUAUGGGAGUAUGAUCGCAUAUCAAAUAAGAUUCGAGAAAACACGUACAUCAAGAACUCGGCUAUUAUUUGUCACUGAAGGGCUACUCCUAAGGCAGCUGCAGUCGGAUCCGGAUCUUAAUCAGUAUAAUGUCAUUAUACUGGAUGAAAUUCAUGAACGCAAUUUAUCCGGUGAUUUCUUGUUAGGACUACUUCGCAACUUGGUACGAAGGAGAGAUGAUUUGAAGCUGAUUUUAAUGAGUGCUACCAUCAAUCUGGAAUUGUUUCAGAACUAUUUUGAAGAUAGUCCUAUUAUCAAGGUAGAUGGACGCCUUUAUCCUAUCGAGCUACGAUACAUGCCAAUAAAGGAGCACAAUCAAUACGAAUCGGAAAAAAAGAAAGCAAAAGUUGACCCCGCACCAUAUCUUAAUAUCCUUCAAAUGAUUGAUGCAGAAAUUGAUAGUAAUGAAAGAGGUGACGUUCUAAUAUUCCUGAAUGGUGUCUCAGAAAUAUCAACGGUUGCAGAAGCCUUAAAAGUUUACGCGGAAACAUCGAAUAAAUGGAUUAUUUUAACGCUGCACAGCACGUUAUCAACAGAAGAACAAGACAAAGUGUUCGAUAUAGCGCCAUUAGGAAUUCGAAAAUGCAUUUUAAGUACCAAUAUUGCAGAAACGUCUAUUACCAUCGACCAGAUCCGAUUUGUUAUUGAUUCUGGAAAGGUAAAUCUGGUAAAAUUUGAUUCAAAAACAGGAAUGCACUCACUUCGAGAAUAUUGGACUUCUCAGGCAUCUGCUGAUCAACGGAAAGGUCGUGCUGGUAGAACUGGUCCAGGUAUUUGUUACAGGCUUUAUUCUCAGCAACAUUUUGAUAAAAUGGAUCCGUUCACAAUUUCCGAAAUUAACAGAGUUUCGUUGGAAUCACUUGCCAUGCAAAUCGUCAGUAUGAAUCUCGGAAUUUCACCGCUUGAAUUUCCAUUUAUUGAGAAACCGAAUAUGGGUGAGUUAGACGAAGCAGUAGAAAGCCUAUGGAGGCAGGGAAUAUUGGAAGCUGGUAGUACAAAGACUUUAACACCUUUGGGCAAGAUAAUAGCGAAUAUUCCGGUGGAAAUUCCAGUUGCAAAAGUUCUAAUAUAUGGCUGUGUUUUUGAACAAGUCGAACCAUCGUUAACAAUUGCUGCAAGUUUAGCAACUAGUUCACCUUUUAUCAAUAGAUCAUUUCGGGAACCGGAUAUAUUGGACCGAAGGAAAAAUAUUAUGUCUGAUAAUGGCGAUCCGUUUGCACUGAUUAAUGCAUAUCGAGAAUUUGUGGAGAUACAAGCUGAACGUGGUGAUAUACGUCAAUGGGGUAGGGAGAAGGGAAUCGAUGUUCAACGAAUGUAUGAAAUCAGACAGUUACGACGCCAAUUCAGAGAGCUAUUGGAGCACAGUGGUAUCUUGGAAGCACAAAGUGAUGUGGAUAGCCGUGAACGCCGUAUUAAUGCUGGUGAUAGAAAGCGUCUCAAUGAACUAAAGAAAGAUGCUCGUUAUGAAGUGAAGAAACGGAAAAUAUUGAAGCCGAAAGCUCAUUUCGAUACAUUAAUGAAUUCUGAAGUUCUUGAGUUCUAUAUGGAAAAUCGAGAAAGCGGUAUCCGGAAUAUUUUAAAGUCUCAUCGACUAAAUGAUGCUACCUUUUCGAUCCUGAAAUUUAUUGUCACGGCCGGUGUCCAUCCUCAGUAUGCCAUACUGGACCAAUACAAUUCGUACAAAAUCGGAAAUGAGCUUUUUGCUCAUACGCGAAGAAAACCAUUUGUUGUCUUACAUCCGAAUAGUUGUUUAGCACUUUUACCGGACGCUUUGAAUUAUGAUUGCAGCGACAAGGGUUUAUCGAGAUAUCACCAGCUAAUUUCGUUUGCGUCAUUUAUAGAAACUAUGAAGCCAUAUAUUUGCAAUAGUUUACGUGUACCAGCGCUGGCUUUAUUAUUGCUAUCAAAAUCGGUAGUAUGUUCAGAAGAUGACUAUUCAAUUAUCUGUGACGAUUUUAUUAGCUAUAAAUUUCCACGGAUUAUAGAAUUUUUCACCAUUGUGGAACAGGCAUCUGCGACUCGUCAACAACUUGCUAGAGCUCUUAAAAGAAGUCUUGAAGGAGAUCUUUCUUGUAGUCAUGCACUUGCUAAAAGUGUUGUGUCAUUCUUGCGAUCAAACGUUGAAUAUAUUUUAACUCGUCGUGCUUGUCCAGACGAUAAUAAAGAACUCGGUUUCAUACUUCCAUCGGGCGAAAAGCUGAACGAAGAUGAUGAAGAAAUGCUAACAUCAAUGCGACUUUAUGAAGCCCAAAGCGAUUCAAAGCUAGAGGACGAGCUCGCAAUCAAUAAAACAGCCGAAAAGAAACCAAAUAUUCAAUAUUUUUGUGAUGUUUGUCAAAAGAUUCUUCCCUUUAAUACAGCAGUUGAUGUUCUAAGGCAUAAGCGAUCUCAUUAA